GACCGGCGCUGGCUGCAGCCGCAGUCUGAAGUGCCCCCACUCAUCUUUCCCAGCAGGCAGCUCUAGUGCCCUUUACCUCUGAGUGGACUGACGACGCCAAGACUCUCUGUCUCUGCCCAUACUUAAUCUGGUCGUGAGGAUACAGCAGAUGUCUCGGGUCUCCUGCUUAAAGGCUAUGGGAUCCUUUUAAUUAGUGCCGAGUUAGUGAGUGAGCCAGGAGCUGCGCUUUUCUAGACUUUUCUUCUACAGUCCAAUUGCUGAACAUUUUAAAAGAAGAACAGAAUGAUUCGGCUAAUGUGCCCUUUGUGCAUCCUUUUAGUUCUUGGCUUUCUUCUCUCUAUUGAAGGAAAGAAAGUUAGAGGAUCCCAAGGUGCUAUACCUCCACCCGAUAAAGGAAAGCAUAACGAUUCUGAGCAGCAACAGCCUCCACCCCAACCAGGAUCUAAAGGUCGUGCCAGGGCCAAAGGGACAGCUGCACAAGCUGAGGAAGUCCUGGAGUCUAGUCAAGAAGCUCUGCACGUCACUGAGCGCAAGUACCUUAAACGGGACUGGUGCAAAACUCAGCCUCUCAAGCAAACCAUUCAUGAAGAAGGUUGCAACAGCCGCACAAUUAUUAAUAGAUUUUGUUAUGGCCAGUGUAAUUCAUUCUACAUCCCGCGACAUGUCCGCAAAGAAGAAGGAUCCUUCCAAUCUUGCUCCUUCUGCAAGCCGAAAAAGUUUAGAAGUAUGACAGUUAUGCUUAACUGUCCUGAACUACAGCCACCUACCAAGAAGAAAAGGAUCACUCGCGUUAAGCAGUGUCGAUGUAUUUCAAUAGAUCUUGACUAAAUAUAAAAAGGCCAUGAUCACACAUUGCCAGUAUAAACUAUUACCUUGUGUAUAAAAGAGAACAUCAUACAUUUAUCAGAUUCAUACAAAUGAUCCAUAGCAAACAUAUACAGCCUUCAUUUUUUUCCACUAUGCAUGCAGCAACAUAAAACUUGGGUUUACAAGAAAGGACUGCUGUGAACAAAAAUGAAAAGACAAAAAACAAAUAUAGUUGUUCUAAAGGUUCAUAUUGAGAAGAACUGCAUUAUAGGCCUCUGCUAUGCUGGUUAGGCCUUAUUCCUUCAUUUCUGCAAUUGCAGUUAUGACAAACAAGCACCUACUUAUUACAUAUAAUAAUACUAGAUGCAUUUUUGAAAUUAUGUUAAAUAGUAUAAGAACCUUUAAGACCUAGCCUGUCAUAUGAAAUAUAUGCAGUAGUCAUGGCACUUUUUUCUAAGACUGAACAAUAUACAAGCUUAAAUAUGCAAAGUGGCCUGUACAAGUAUCACCUUCUGCUGGUCAUCCAAUAGGCAAUGACUGUCAGUUAUGUACCAUUAUGCCAAGCUCACAAUCGCAAUUACCAAAACCACUUAACACAUUUUGGAAACCUGUAAUAGUUUCCAAGGAAAUCCAUCUAUCACAUUCUGCUGUGAAGCACAUACAUCGAGUCUGCAUUGCCUGUAUUCCUGUCCAUUACUUGCGCUUCUUUGUGGAUUUUGAAAAGAAAAUCCGGACAGUCAGUAGAUAGUUUCCACUAUGUGGAAUGUGAAAAUGCAGAAAGAUAUGGAUAUUUAAUGUAAUUAUUUCAAAACAUUUUCAUUAUAAUUAUAAAUAUAAUUAAUAUUAUUUUAAAUUUACUUCUGUGAAUGACUGAUUCUGCUAAAUUUGAAAGUUAUGGAAACAAAGCUGUAAACUAUUACAGACAUUUUAUUAUAAAAGAAUAGCACAGUCAAAAUAUUGAAAGACUGAUAUUUGGUGUAGAAUAUUUUGAAAUGUAUGCUUAUGCAAUUUCUGUUUGGUCUCUAGUUUGCUUUUUCUAACUGUUACCCCUUGCUUUUUUAUUUCAGUAUGCUAGUGUUACUGUCUUUUUUCCUGUUACACUAUGUUCACUGUUCUUUCUAUUAGUGAGCCAAAACAAACUAUUUAGAAUUAAGCAAGGAGAAAUUUUGCAAAAUGCAAUUCUACUUCAAAAAGGUUUUUUGAACCUCUGAAACAUUAUUCUUCAUAACUAUUUCAAAAUGUAUUUUAAUUCAUAAGAAAAACAAUUAGUAAACUGAGUUCAUUGAUAAAAUAUUUCAUAAAAAACACUAAACAACAUUCAAAAUGCAGACUUAUCAUUUGUAUUAGCUGCACAGGGAGGUGUAGUGGUGUGACAGAAUUGUUACUGCAUAGCACUUUAGCUCCCACUUUCCAAUUGUGAUGACUUUGGUGUGGAAUUUGGAUGUUUUACCCAUAUUAGUAUUGGUUUCACAAGGGGUCUUUAUUUUCUUCCCACAAUUCAGAUACUUAACGGAAGGAUGACUGGAGAUGUUUCAUUGUCCCUAGGUGAGAGAUUGACAAUGUUUCAUUGUCUCUAGGUGUGUGUGUGUGUGUGUGUGUGUGUGUGUGUGUGUGUGUGCACCCAUAUAUGUGUGAAUGUGCACUAUAGUAUCUCACAGACUGAGAUGAUUUCUGCCUUGCCUUGCACCCUUAAUUGCUAAGAUAGGCUCCAGCACAUGUGAGCCUGACAUAGAUGAAAAAGGUAGAGAAAAUGGAUAUAUAGGUUAACUGCACAUAGAUUCCACAGAUACUGUUCAUCAUUUGAAACAACAUAGUUUUAUUUCUUAAGAUAACUAAAAAAAUGCAGAACUAGUGGCAUUCACUAUGACUCCAGAAAUGGUAAUUAAAAAGUCAUUACAUUUUUUUUGUUUUCUAUUUAUAAUAAUUAUAUGUGGCUAACGUGUAUUUGUGAAUGCAUUAUUGCCAGUCAGUAAGCAACUCCCUCAAGUCAUAACAAAGUCUAUCAGUGAAAGGAAUAAUACACCAAUAUAUUCACGUUUUCAUUGGAAGCAGAGUUUCCAUGGACACCACAAUGGAAGGUACUCACCUUCAUGCCAAGACAAAACAAGUUAGAAAAAGAGACAAAUCCAAGUGCCAUUACAUCCCCUAGAAGUAAUGUUAUAUAACAGCACAGUACAUUGGAGUGCCAUAUUGUUUUCAGAGUGACCCAUUUAUAAUACUAUGAUUUAUUCAUUUGAUUGGUAUAAUUUCACAUAUUCACGAGGCCUUCAGAUCAGUAAUCAAUCAGCUCUAUCAAAUUUGCAUACUCAUUGUAUUACAAAAGAUAUUAGCAGUACAUAGAUGGUAUGACAAAUGAAAAAUAACAAUUCUAACAAGGGACAAAAAGAUACUGGAAAGGAGAUAUACACAUGUCAAAAUAGUCUACAUAUUUCCUUAAAUGCUUUUAUUUCUCUUUUUAUAAAUAUGUACUGAUAAAGGCUUAUAAGCUGCAGGAUUUCUAGUGUAAAUUAAGGUAUGUGGAUGAUAAAAUGUUACAUUUUGCAUUGAUUCAUGACUCAGUUCCAUGUACUGUGGAAUUACAUGCUUGUAACAGCUCUGAAAAGAAUUCUGAUUUUUUCGUUAAGUGAAUUAACUAAAUGUUUUAUCCAAUGCCAUAAUGUUAUAGCAAGGCUACGAAAGUUUGACUGCAAGCUUAAAUCAAAAGUAUUUUGGCUACAUAUUCAGAGGAGAUUAAUGGUUUAUUUGCAUUUGAAUAUAAUUCUCAAUGUAGAAAGUUGCUAUGAAAUGCAAAAUAUAAUCCAACAAGGAAUUAGAUCCCCCCAGAAAUAGCCAUGUAAUGUGGAGGUGACUGCAGUCCAAGAAAUACAAAACAUUUGGCUUUUAUUUUCAUGUUCUUCAAUGGCAAAUGUCCAAAGUAUACAAAUUGUACUCAAAAGAAAGAGGAAUUGCAUUGGCCACCUGUUAUCAUUACUAUUUUUUAGCCUGAUAUUUUGGUUAGUUAUUAGCACGUUCAAAUUCUGAGUAUCCAUUAAAAGUUUUGCUUAUACCUUCUCUUCAGCACAGUACAGGCCAUUUUGGUGAUUGCUACUGUGCUAGGAUUUAACAAUUGUAUUUAUUUGAAUAUACAGCAAAACUGUAAGCAUUUUUUGAUUGCAUAGUUACAAUGUUUGAAAAUAUGGCCUUAUUUGACUGUGUUAUCUAUUUCCAUUGCAAGCUUGGGCUAUAUAAAUGCAGUAUAACUGUUUAUGUAGUUUUAUGAUUAACAGUUUCACAGCUUCAUGCAGUUAUUAAGCAAGAAGUCAUACAUAUUUUAGAAUUGAAAAGAAGCUUCAUUCCAAGAGUUUUAUACACCAUGUAAAUUCUUAAAACCCAAAUAAAAUACAGCUUCCUUAGACUGA